AUGAACAUCUGGCAGUUGGCCCGCGUGGGCGACCUCAAAAAGUUCAAGAGCGUCGUCAAGGGCAAAUCCGUCCACGAACUCAACGAAACCGAUCAGUUCGGCUUCACCUGCUUCCACUGGGCGGCGCAGAAGGGCGAGGAUGGAAUUGUGGCGCUGCUUACCAAGCGUGAGGCGGACCUCGACGUCGUGGAUGGCGACCUACAGACUCCGUUGCACUGGGCCAUUGACAAGGGACACAAGGCCAUCGCCAGGCACCUCAUCGAACACGGGGCCGCCUUGGACAUUCAAGACAAAUUCGGGCAUUCUGCGCUGCAUAGGGCGGCGGCGUUGGGCCAGCGGGACGUGGUGGGCCUCCUGCUACGAUCCAACGCCAAUCCCAACCUACAGAACCAAAACGGGUGGACGGCGCUGCAUGUGACGUGCUACUACGCGCACCACAAGAUUGUGAGCGAGCUGCUCUCGUGCUCCCGCACGGAUGUAAACAUACCCAACAAAGACGGGUGGACUCCACUGCAUUGCGCGGCGAUGCAGGGCUACACCGAACUAUGCGAUCUGCUCAUCCGACAUCAGGCCAACAUCGACUUUGCCUCUCGAGACGGAAGUACGCCGCUGCACCUUGCCGUGCAGGAAAAUAGGGAAAUCGUCGUCCAGCUUCUCAUCAACUAUGGUGCGAAUGUCAACCUGAGGAAUGCCAGAGGCAGGCGGGCGGUGGACCUCGCCUCCGAGAGCCUGAAGCCCGUCAUCAAAGGCGCCGGGAAGCCCGUCUAUGCGGCCUGCGCCCUCUUCGGCGGGGAAGUGGACAAGGCGCUCGUGGCCACCAAGGCCUCCUUCCUCAUUCUGCCCUCGCAGCAGAUUGCGGCGUCGAUGGAGGCGAAGCACUUCACGGUGGAGCUGGUGCACAUCGAGGGCGACAACGAAAACGAAAGCGAAGGCGACAAAGACGGAGGAGGAAAGAAGGACAAGGGAGGCAGUCACGGCUCCGGAGGCAAGGGCAAGGGAGGCAGCGGCCGCGGCGUGCUUCGGCGCGGGUCCAAGUCGGCCGCGGUGCCGCGGAUUCGGGGCCAGGUCACGCGGCUCGUUCACGCCGACGAAGACGAUCACCACGCCGCCGUCGACCCGGCCACGUCGGCCAGGGACAAGGGAAAGGAAAGGAGGGAGAGCAGCGGCGAGGUGGUCACCGAUGCAGCCGAGGCCGGCGACGGCGGCAUCGCGAAGCUGGCGUCGUCCUCGCUGCGGGUCGUUACGCCGCGACGAAGGGCGGGGCACAUGUUCGUGGCCACCUACACGCCGAGCGUGGCCGGCCGGUACCGCCUGACGGUGUCCUACGACGGCGAAGACGUGCACCAGUGCCCCAUCAAAGUGACCGUGACCGAAGCCGUGACGGAUCCGACCAAGUGCGAGGUGGUCACCGAGCUGGAGGGCACGCGCGCCGUGCUCGUUGGCAAACCGAACAGCCUCAUGAUCCAGGCCAAGGACCAACUCGGCGGCAAUCGGACGGUGGGCGGAGAUGUGUUCGACGUGGAGCUGAUCAGGCAGGAGCGGGAUGAAGGCACGAGCAAACGAAACAUUCUCCUGCGAGCCGAUGAAACACACGCUCGCAUCGAAGAUCUUCGAGACGGCCGAUAUGUGGUGUGGUUCUCCAUUCCGGCGGGGGGCGUGCACUUUGUUGAUAUCAAGCUGCGCAACAUACGACUACCCGGGUCCCCCUUCAAGGUGAACGCCGCUGAGGUGCUGAGUCCGGGGCGAAGGAAGACGCCGCGCUCGCCCAAGAGCCCCAAGACCAAGGCCAGCAAGGAGGGCAAGCAACCGUCGGUCGGCUUGCAGCUGCCGGCGGGGGAGGAGAAGGACCGUCAGCUGCCGCCGCUCCUCAGCCCCCGAUCUCUCAUCGCCAACAACAAAAAGGAUAAACGGUUAUCGACCAAGAAUGCUGGCCAGUUCAUCAUGCCCUCAUCCUCCAAUAACGAGGUGGUGACCAUCGGCGACAGCAGCAGCAACAACGAGAGCGCCGUGUGGGAGCGCUUGGGCGAGCUGGAGCAGGCCAACUCCGAGCUUCAGCAGAAGCAGCUCGAGUUCGAACGCGAGAAAUACGACCUCCACAAACAGAUCGCCCAGCUCCAGCGCAAGCUCGAAAAGCGAGGGCGGGAGUCAGUGCCGAGUGCGGUGCCGCGCGAGGAGGUGGCGAGCCUGCAGCAAAAGGUGGACAGGCUGGCGGCGCAGGCGCAGGAGGCGGAGCGGGAGCUGAGGCGAGAGCAGGCCCGGCAGCGGUGUCGCGUGUGCGCCACCAACCGGCGGGAGAUGGUGGUGCUCCCGUGCCUCCACGCCUCCUUCUGCGCGCUCUGCGUCUCGCGCAUGAAGCUCUGCGCACUGUGCGAGGCCCCGCUCCAGGGCUUCCUGCGCAUCAAGCCCGAGUGA